AACAAAUAAAAGAAUUUAAAGUAAGAUAAUAAAUAUUUAAAUUAAAUAUAUAAAUAACUUUUUAAAAUAAGUUAUAUUUCUACGGGUGUCAUCAUAUUUUCGCACCAGCUUAUAAUAACUAAUUAUCGUUCGGACAUAAAUAAGUAUCUAAUAAAAUUUUCACUGUUCUCAUUGGUGUGAAUAAAUUUUGAAAUAAAGAAAAACCAACAAAAUCUUCAACAAUUGCUGCUAAAAUGUCACGGAAUUACUAAAAUAAAGUACAACGAAUAAAUAUUUCUACAUACAUUAUAAUUAAGACAUUUAUUUAAUAUAUCCAAUACAAUGAGUUUGAUUCAUUCAGAGGAUAGCCCAUUGUCUGAUGGUAAAAUGGAUAUUUCCGAAACGACAUCCUUAGAUUCGGGGGGAACCUCCUUAAAUGACAACACUGAUCGAAUGGUGAGAGAAAACCUCGACACCACAUCUUUAAUAGCGAAGAAUACAACAAACUAUAACAAUCAUGAAUCACUGGUGGAGGAAAAUACCAACACCAAUUCGAGUGCUCUUGAAAUGUAUAAUGACAACGAAGUUAUGAAUAUUAAGACGACCACCUUAGACAACCGCAUCUUAAAGCCUUUACAAAAUCUCACUAUUGAAUCGCCAGAGGACACACAAACACAACAGCAGCAAAGACGCAGUAACAUAUCUCGCACAUUAGCCGAUAAUCACCCGUUAAUGCUAUCGCCUACUUGCUCUGAUUCGGAUUCAGAAUACGAUAAUCAGCUGCAUAAUCAUCUUCAAUGUGGUAAGCCUGUAGCCAUGGAUGAUUUCAUUGACGAUGAGAAAAUUAAUGAAAAUCAAAAAAACUAUCCGGAUGUUGUACCAACCCGCGAACGCUUACAUAUUCAAAUACCUCAACCUUUAGAACAAGGGGAACAAGAAGUCUCUAUAUUGAAUUCGAAAAAUAUCAACUGUGAUAGAAAAACAAUCUCUGAAUUAGCGAAAAACAACAAACAGCAAAUAACGUACAGUUUAAAGCCUAGCGCUUUAAAGGGUGCCACUACUAACUUUAGAACUAGUAGUCCGGAUCUAUUAAGUAGUGGAUCAGAGAUAAAUGUCUCCCAAUAUCAGGCUACAGUAGAUACCAACUAUCAAACGGUAGCGUUGAUGCCAAAGAAAGAUGUAAAUGAAGGUGCACAAAACAAACAUUUAAAAAAUGCCAAAAAAGCCGAAGACAUUUCCUCUCUAGACUCUAUUUCCAAUCAUAGUUUUGACGGUGAUGAAGAACAUAAUUUGGCCUCUUUAAGUCCGUCGAGCUCUCUAAUAGAUGGUCUUGACGACGAUGACGACGACAACGACGUCGAUGAUGAUGACGAUUGCGAAGGCCCCGAGUUGCUACAAGACGAUGAUGUUGAUGAUGAGCAACAGUUCUGUCAUAUUGCUGGUCAUACAACACCUACUCCGGGUAGAUUGUUGAAUAGUCCCUGUAGGGAUUCUUCAGAUAAUCAACAACUCCCUCAAUAUUCGGCCGCCGAAGAAAGACGUGAUUCACGCAACUGGCAAAAGAUCACAUUGCCGGAUGGUCGAACUCGUGAUAUCGAUAUGCGAGUUAUUGAGCCAUAUAAACGUGUCUUAUCACAUGGUGGCUAUCUUAAGGCCGGUGGUCAUAAUGCUAUUGUCAUCUUUUGUGCCUGCCAUUUACCCGACCGUUCUCGUACCGAUUACAGCUACGUUAUGGAUAAUCUCUUCCUGUAUGUUGUCAAAACGUUGGAACAGUUGGUUACAGAUGAUUAUGUUUUGAUAUACUUGCAUGGCGGAUCGAGCCGUCGUAAUAUGCCACCUUUUCCAUGGCUUAAAAAAUGUUACCAGCUAUUGGAUCGUCGUUUAAGAAAAAGCUUAAAAAAUAUGUAUCUUGUACAUCCAACAUUUUGGAUAAAAUCUAUAAUUUGGAUGACAAGACCUUUUGUUAGCACUAAAUUUUGGCGCAAAUUAGUUUAUGUAAAAUCCUUGGAUGAACUUUCAAAGUAUGUAACAGCUUUAGAAAAGGCUGCCAUACCCGAAAAAGUUAAGCAAUAUGAUUCUAAAAAACAUUAAAUGAUCUACAUAUGUAUAUAUAUGUUUGUAUAUUCUUUUUCUCUAGAAUACUCAAUUACUCAGUUUACUACUUAUUUAUAACUUUCUAUAAUUUAAUUUAUCUCUAUUUUUGUGAUACAUAUUUAAGUUUGAUUAUUUUUUUCAUUUACAUACAAAUAUUUUUCUAAAACAUGCCGUCAUAUACAUACAUACAUACUUGCAUAAAGAAAUUAUUAUAUAUUUAAGUUUAAUUUUCACAAUAAUAUUUACAUAAUCGUACAUUUUCCCAUUACAGCGCAAAUAAAUAAAUAUGGUAUAUAAUGAUUUAUGUAUAUCUAUUAGAAAAUA